AUGGCUUCCUCAUCCUCCACCAGUCGAAUGUUGAGGCUACGAGGUUCCAACGACGACGACGUGAACAACCCUCCUGAAUAUGACUGUGAGAAACCUUCAUUGCAACGAACAUCGUGGCGCAUUGGAAAUCCUGGGAGGAGGUUCUUUAACUGUCGUAAUAGCUUGACCAAGCUUAUGAAUGCGACUUCUUUGAGUGGAUAA